CCUAGAUGUAUUUAUCGUAGGUCAGUGAUUUGGUGAAAAAUCACGUUGUAGAAGCAGGUUAUGGCAUCAUCAAGUGGUACAUUAUGUGGUGUUUGUGAAUCACAGCACAUUACUACAGACGCCAACUUCUGGUGUGCUGAAUGUGAUGAAGGUUUGUGUUCAACAUGCUUAAGGUAUCAUAAUGCUUCCAAAUCGUCGAAAAGUCAUGAAAUCAUAUCUGUCGAUAACUACAGACAGCUUCCGUCCUUUGUAGCCAAUGUCCAACAGUUUUGUCCCGACCACGACAAGAAAUACCAACUGUACUGUUUACAACACGAAAGUCUUUGUUGCCUUCUUUGUGUUACAACAAGCCACAAGAUAUGCGACUUAACGGAAAUCGACGUAAUUGUGAAAACUUCUAAAACCUCCGCCUCAUUUGGUAAUAAUUUGGAACAAAGUAUAAAAGACUUAAAAGAAAAUCUGAAAAGAUUAAUAGAAAAUAGAGAACAAAAUUUAUCAAAAGUACAACCACGAGUAAAGAAAAUUCAGUCUGAAAUACAGACAAUGCGUGACAAAAUCAAUAAACAUCUAGACAACAUCGAGCAAACGAUACUACAGAAAUUGAAGGAUACAGAAAAGGGAGUUAACUCAGAGAUGCAGCGUAUUCAUACAAAACUUCUCAAUCACACAAAAAGCGUAAACGAACUAGAGAUAAAUAUAACUGCUAUUAAAAAAAAUGCUUCUUACCUACAAUAUUUUGUUGGAAUGAAGAAAAUUGAGAAGGAUAUAGAACAUGCAGAAAAGUUUGUAUUGUCUUUGUUGGAAAAUGGUAGUCUACAACAAGUUGAUAUCGAUUUUGAAAUGGAUCACAAGCUGUCCGAUAUAUUGUCCAUUCCAGAGUAUGGAAAAAUAUCCCGCGUUACCAAUUCCCAUACAGUUGCCUUAAAGCUAGAGAAACAUAAACAAGCACAAUUCUUGGUCCCCCCUUCUAUCUCAUCGAAACAAAUAACUGAUAUAAAUUUUUCCUUGCAUAGAAAGCUAACAAUUCCUGAAAUAAAUAAACCCAGUCGAUUUAGAGGGUGUACAAUCACGCCUACAGGCAAGAUUGUGCUUGUGGACUGGAAUUACAACAACCUUUUUAUCUUAAGCGAGAAUGAGUCAUUAGAGAGUAAAAUAAAUGUUUCAGAACGGCCUGUAGAUGUCACUUGUAUUGAUGACAAAACUAUUGCACUUUCGCAUAGUUAUCCAAUGCAAAUCAACAUAAUAAACAUAUCUUCUAAGCAAAUAGAGAAAAAAAUCAGAACUUCAACUUCGUGUUAUGGAAUAACAAAUGAACAAGGAAGGCUAGUAUAUUGUGCUAAUGGGAUAGGUAUUCAGUCGGUAGAUUUUUCUGGUGACGAUGUUUCCACUAUAGUUAAGGAACCAAAGAUGUCUGACUGGAAUUAUGUUACAGUUUCUGGUGGUAAACUUUAUCAUACAAACCGUUCAACUGACACCGUCACAUGUUACAACACCAUAGGAGAGAAAGCGUGGGAAUACAACGAUAAAUCGUUUCUGAAGGAUAUACGUGGUGUUACUACUGACAAGGACGCCAAUGUUUACAUUGCAUCCAAUGGAAAUAACAGUAUCGUCGUUAUAUCACAAGAUGGAAAACACGCUAGAUGUCUUAUUAGAGAAGAGGAUGGUUUGUCUCAACCGUUCGGUAUAUACCUUGACAAAACCAGAAACAAUCUGCUUAUAUCGUGUAAUAAUGGAGACGUUCAUAUGUAUAAGGUGUCAUGAGAAACGUUUCACUUUUUUAACAUGAAUGUGUACUUCCAUGUCUGUUUGCU